AUGAUGUUUUCUCGUGAUGCCUUCGCCCGGGUGUUCGUUAUUUGCUCAAUUGGGUUCGUAUCUACGACGGGUGCAAGCAGUGGUACCAUUGUCCAUCCGGAACAGUAUACAUUUCGGUCUCAAACCUCAGAUCACAAUGACUCGAAUUCGUGCUUCACCCUGUCGCAGUCUCAGUCUAUUCUCACUGUGGACUAUGGAAAUGAGAUAGGUGGUUUUCCACUGUUUCAAGUACAUCCCUUGUCGGGACCAGUGCAGAUUGAAGCCAAAUACACCGAGGCUAAGAAUGGCCUAGAGAGCCCCUCUGGUGAUGGACCUUGGACGUUCUCGAACGGAUUGUCCAACACAUUUCGAGUGGAGACAUUCAAUGUCACCACGCCCGGAAAGUUCCAGUCUUACUUCAUUCAGGGAGGCUUGCGCUGGCAGACUCUACGACUUCUUAACACAGAUGGAAGCGUACGCAUUUGUGGAGUCGGAAUUCGCUCCCAAAACGACCAAACUCCUAUUUCCGAGCUCCCAGGGUCUUUUGAAAGCUCUAAUUCCAUGUAUAACGACAUCUGGGCACUUGGACCUCGAACUGUGCAGCAAGCUUGUAUUGCCAAGGACGCAGCACCAUCGACAUGGCAGAUCACCGGUGAAGGCGUUCUUCUCAGGGGCCAACAGUCUGCCCAGUCGGUAGUGGGACCUGAAUAUGCCAAUUAUACGAUGUCUUUCAGCACGAAAAUUGUUCGUGGUGGCACGGGCUGGAGAGUUGCGAGUGGCAUGCUUGGAUUCGGUCCUUCUUUUGUCAUCACAAGUAGUGAUGCAGACUCGAGCUUCCUCAACACCAACCGCACUGUUGUCCCCGCAAACAAGCUUGCUGUGGCUUACGGAUAUAACUUGGUCAAUCAGACGAGCUUGGAGGGUGGCCCGGCUUCAUACUACCCGCUUCCAUUCAAUGUGCAAGAGGGACAGUGGCUUCGAGUCUCAACAAAGAUCAUGCCAACCGGCUAUGAUGUUUCCAUCAACAAUAUCUCGGUAGCUCACGUCCCAUUCUUAGCGCUCCAACCUACCUAUAAUUUCUUGGGUGGCUCGGCGGAUAGGUUUACCGGUACCUGGGGAUUUGGACCUUAUCAAGACCAAGUCGCACUCGUCAAGGACGUCACAGUGCAAGCCCAUAAUGGUACAGUGAUCUACCAGAAUCCAAUGACCGAUGCAUCAAUUCUUGAAGAGUAUGGAGUGAUGCCAAAUAAGCACUCAGUCUGCUUGGAUGGGGCUAAACGCGACCGGCUAGUGUGGUCUGGAGACGCUGGCCAUACCUUGCGCGUCGUCUCUGCAAGCACACACAGAGAAGAUUUCAUCAAUGGCACCCUCGCCUAUCUGAUGGAGCGACAGAUCUCCUCUGGGGAAUUUGCGGGAUACUUUUCCAUGUCCCCUGCAUUAGGGCAGUCCUCCAAGUACACUUCGAUCUACAACUCCGUUGGCCUCCAAGAUUACCAGAUGAUAUUCUUAAAUGCCUUCGCCAGGUACUAUCUCAACUUUGGAAACAAAGAUUUCCUCAAGAAGUACUGGCCUCAAGUCAAGGUCGGAGUUCAGGCCAUUAUACCACUCAUUGAUACCUCCUCGGGCCUGGCAUCGGGCUCGUUCUUCCUGGGGGAUGGCAAUGGAACUGCCGCAUCUUCUCUGUUCGUCUACACACUCAAUCAAAUGGCCACAGUCGCGGACCACGUUGGAGAGACUGGCAGCGCUUCGUCCUGGAGGUCCGUUGCCGCGGAUGUUCGCACAGCUAUCAACGAAAAGCUCUGGAGCGACAAGCUUGGAACAUACAGCGAGAGCACAUCGUCUCGCAAUCAAACCUCAAUCGCCAGCACGGCAUGGGCAAUUCUCGCCAACGUGGCCAAUUCCACCCAGGCCGAGUCAGCCAUUGCAGCCCUUUCAACACUCAAGAAUGGCAUCGGCUACAAAACCAACUCGAAUUCCAAAUCCAGUGCCGAGCUUUCUCCAUUCAUUUCCGGGUUCCUCCUUGAAGCCGUUCUCCAACAUUCUCGCGCAGGCGCUAGUCGUUCAUCAUCAUCAAGUGCUGUGAUCUCCACGCUGCUAUCUCAGCUCUGGCCUGCAAUGAUCACCAAUGACGAAUAUGCUACUGGUACAUCUUGGGAGUACAUAUUCCCCGAUGGCCGACCUGGAUUGGGAUUUUAUACCUCACAUGCGCAUCCCUGGGGCGCUGCUCCGACGUUUGCUUUGACGGAGUACGUCUUGGGUAUUCAAUCUACCGCGCCGGGCUUUGCAGAAUGGGACUUCCAACCUGGGGUACUUACCCCCGGUGUCUCAUGGGCAAAGGGAAGAGUCCCUACUCCCCAUGGAACUAUCACUGCAAGCUGGAAAGUGAACAGCGAUGCAAAUGAAAUUGAUAUUGAAGCUUGCGCGCCCCGGGGUACUCAUGGAACCAUCAGACUGCCGUUUGCUGUGAAGUCAUACAAGGUUAACGGUACAAAGCAUAGCGUUGCCUCGAAGAACUUCGAGCUGAAAGUGACGAGUAAGGAAUGUUUGCGCGUUGUUGUGUCUCUUUCAAAGGCCCUUUGA